AAAGAGUGGUGUGAGAAAGAAAGAAGAGAGAGCGAUGAAGAGAGAAAACGAGAAGAGCGAUUGAGAGAGGGACUACUCCUUCUUUGCAGACUGAUGAUUCAGACCUUGUCUGCAGUUCAGAGCGAAAAGAGAGAGGAACCAAGGUACCCGCGAUUUACUGUAGAUCUCAAGAACUUCAGAAAGAGAAUCUCCCACUCACAGAAUCAUCCAACAGAAAAGCACCACCAAAGACGAGGUAACCAUGACCAUCAACACCACCCAUAACUGCACCGAGCCCCAGAUUAACCUUAUUUUCGUGGGGGUCUACGUCAUUGUCUUCACCGUCGGCCUCUUCCUCAAUCUCACAGCACUGGUAGUCUUCUUCUGUUAUACCAAGUUGUGGUCCCACACCAUGGUCUACAUGACAAACCUGGCCAUCGCAGACCUCCUCCUGGUCCUCACUCUGCCCCUGAGGAUCUACUACCAUCUGGGCUUGUCCGGGUUACCUCAGGUCUUGUGUGAAGGGAUGGGCCUGGUUCUUCUGGUCAACAUGUAUGGCAGCAUAUUCCUCCUCACCUGCAUGUGUUUCGACCGCUGCAUGGCCGUGUGCCUACCCAUGUUGUCCUGGGUCCAGGAGGGGCGUAAGAAAGCCCCGCUGGUCUGCCUUGGGGUGUGGCUGCUCACCGCAGGCGCCAGCCUCCCCAUCUACAUCUCCAAACGCAGAGAGGUGUCCAAUGACAUCGAGGUCAAUUGUUUCGGGAACCUCCCAGUCUACGCCAUGCAGCCCAUGGCGGUCGCCUCGACUUUAACCGUCGGCUUCGGCAUCCCCUUAUUGGUGAUGUUAGUCUGUUCCUGGGCAUUGAUCCAGGCCAUCACAAGGAGCUCCAUAGCCCAAACAGACUUCAUCGACUCUGGGAAGAUUCAGAGGAUGAUCACCAUCAGCCUGGUGAUAUUCCUCAUCUGUUUCCUGCCCUAUCAUGGGACUCUGGCCCUCCUCUAUGUCCAUAGGGAGGCGAUAACAUGCCCCCUUCUGGCAGCAUACCACUAUAGCCUAAUGGUGGCCUGUCUGAAUGCCAUGUUGGACCCACUAGCCUACUACUUCACAACAGAGACGUUCAGGAGGAAGAUGGAUAAGGAUUCUGUCAGAAGGAUGUUCCCUGUAAACAGUCACAGCUCUGAGGGGAUCAACACGAGGGGAUCCAGGGGACCUGUCAAUACCUGAAAGACUUUAAAUAUAGUUCAAAUGUGGAGUCUUUAUAACAAUUGUGAAUUCAUAAAAGGAUCCACAGGCAUACGAUUCUCAUUGAACUUUUAUCCAAUGAAGCCUCGUCUACAGAGCUGCAUCGGUUAUUGACAUUUGCAGAUGUUACACAUGAGGCUAAAUGAUGCAGGCCCAGGUGUCCAUGGCUCAAAUGGUGUCGGGAUCUACUAAUUCCUGCUGGGUCUUUGCUUUGGGAAUCCUGUUUUGUUGACUUUUCAGCCUUUCACUGACAUUAAUUGGUUGAUGAAGAGUAGCUAACUAAACUUUCUGAUGAAAUACACCAACAGAGUGGACAGAGGCCAGGCUUUGUGUAAUUCAGCUCCAACUACAUUGAUUCACCCAAGGUCAAUGCUUAAACAUUUUGUAAUUAUGAAACGCUUACCUUUUAUGUCUAUGUUUGUACUCUUUAGUUGCGUGCCUUUCUUUGUUUGCUGAAAUCCAUGCUUUUUCAAGAAACAAUCAAAUACAACCACCGACUGUUUGCUCAUUGCUGUUGCUCUAAGAUGGCAACUCAGCCCAAAUGCACGUGCCAAUUGAAUCUCAACAAGGAAACGGUCGGUGGUCGGAAACUUCCUUCACCACGAAGUGGAGUUUAGUCAGUUAGAUGAAGAGUAGACCCAAGGUAAUGUGGAGAACCAGUUUAUGGCUUCCAUGGACUGGAUAGCUGGAGUUGAUCUACCCUGAAUUUUGUUUUUUCGUAUGUUGCGAACGUGCAACACGAACAGUGACAAAUGAACUGGCGGAGAUGGCGUGAGAUGUAGCCACUGAACAAACAGUGCCAAUAUAUCCUCCAAACACUGGCUUCGAGGGCAUUAUCACUUUUAUACAGCGGGUUACCAACAUAUUCAAAGAAUAAUUUACAUAUUUUAAUUGAAAAAGUUAUUUGGAUUCAUUUAUUCGUUCUAUCGGUUCGGUUGCCAGAGACGCGACCCAGUCGUUUAGUCUUUUUGUUCUGUGUCUAUGGACACAGCCAAGUUGUUCGUUCUAAAUGUUCCAUUGCCAUACUGACUGGCAACACUCGUAUCCCUUGCUUGCUAGCAGGCCCACUACGGCUAACUUACAGUCACGUCAAAAAGUGCAGUCAGAAUAACAGCAAAGUAGCUGCAUUUUCAUUUGUUCAAGCUGUUUUCUAAUGACAUUUAUUUGGAUACAUCCAUAACAAUGAGCUAAUGAGGCGCGAUUUCGCCUGACAUAGAAUAUGUGCUCACUCGUCAGGACACUGUUGUUCAGAGGAGCCAGCCAACAACACAGUUAACACAAUCUUCUCAAACUGAGGCUGGAAAAACUGGAAACUAGCUGCACUUCAUUGCAUUUUACCUUUUUUCAAUUGACAUUUAUUUCUUUGUAUAUAUCCAUACAAAUGAUGCCAGCUGAUUCAGGAUUUCGACUG